AUGAAUUCUGGAGUUGCUAUGAAAUAUGGAAAUGACUCCUCUGCGGAGCUGAGCGAGCUCCAUUUAGCAGCCCUGGCAUCACUAAAGGGAGAUAUAGUGGAGCUUAAUAAACGUCUGCAGCAAACAGAAAGGGAGCGGGACCUGCUGGAAAAAAAAUUGGCAAAGGCUCAGUGUGAACAGUCUCAUCUAAUGAGAGAGCAUGAAGACGUACAGGAGCGAACAACACUACGCUAUGAGGAACGAAUCACAGAGCUUCACAGCAUUAUCGCUGAAUUAAAUAAGAAGAUUGACCGACUACAAGGAACAACAAUAAGGGAGGAAGAUGAAUAUUCCGAACUACGAUCAGAGCUCAGCCAGAGCCAACAUGAGGCUAACGAAGAUUCACGCAGCAUGGACCAGGAUCAGACUUCUGUUUCAGUACCAGAGAACCAGUCCACUAUGGUCACUGCUGACAUGGAUAACUGCAGUGACUUGAACUCCGAACUGCAGAGAGUGCUGACAGGGCUGGAGAAUGUAGUCUGUGGGAGGAAGAAGAGCAGUUGCAGUUUGUCUGUAGCAGAAGUGGACAGACACAUUGAACAACUCACCACUGCCAGCGAACAUUGUGAUCUAGCUAUUAAGACAGUAGAGGAGAUUGAGGGUGUGCUGGGACGGGAUCUUUAUCCAAACCUGUCUGAAGAGAGAUCUCGGUGGGAAAAGGAGCUGGCUGGUCUGAGGGAAGAAAAUGAGAGCCUCACUGCUAUGCUGUGCAGCAAAGAGGAGGAGCUGAACAGAACCAAGGCCACCAUGAACGCUAUCCGGGAAGAAAGGGACAGAUUGCGCAGAAGGGUUCGGGAACUGCAAACACGUUUACAGAGCAUCCAGGCAACAGGCCCAUCCAGUCCAGGUCGUCUCACUUCUGCAAACCGACCCGUGAACCCCAGUACUGGAGAACUGAGCACCAGCAGUAGCAGCAAUGACAUUCCCAUUGCCAAGAUUGCUGAACGAGUGAAGCUCUCAAAGACAAGGUCAGAGUCUUCAUCGUCUGACCGACCUGUCCUAGGAUCAGAAAUCAGCAGCAUAGGGGUGUCUAGCAGUGUGGCUGAGCACUUGGCCCAUUCUCUCCAAGACUGCUCCAACAUCCAGGAAAUCUUUCAGACGCUCUAUUCACAUGGAUCUGCUAUCUCUGAAAGCAAAAUCCGAGAGUUUGAAGUGGAAACAGAGAGGUUAAAUAGCCGUAUUGAGCACUUAAAAUCCCAGAAUGACUUGUUGACAAUAACGCUGGAGGAGUGCAAGAGCAAUGCUGAGAGGAUGAGCAUGCUGGUUGGGAAAUAUGAGUCCAAUGCCACGGCACUCAGACUUGCACUGCAGUACAGUGAACAGUGCAUAGAAGCAUACGAGCUGCUGCUGGCUUUGGCAGAAAGUGAACAGAGUCUCAUUCUUGGUCAAUUUAGAGCUGCAGGCGUUGGUUCUGCACCAGGGGACCAAACAGGUGAUGAGAACAUUACCCAGAUGCUCAAGAGAGCUCACGACUGCAGGAAGACAGCUGAGAAUGCAGCAAAAGCCCUGCUGAUGAAAUUAGACGGCAGCUGCGGGGGAGCCUAUGCGAUCACUGGCUGUACCGUACAGCCCUGGGAGAGCCUGUCAUCCAACAGCCACACCAGCACUACCAGCUCAACUGCAAGUAGCUGUGAUACGGAGUUCACAAAGGAGGAUGAGCAGAGGUUGAAGGAUUACAUCCAGCAGCUGAAGAAUGACAGGGCAGCAGUCAAGCUGACCAUGUUGGAGCUGGAGAGCAUCCAUAUUGAUCCCCUUAGUUAUGAUGUCAAACCUCGUGGAGACAGCCAGAGGCUAGAUCUGGAAAAUGCAGUAUUGAUGCAGGAACUCAUGGCAAUGAAGGAGGAGAUGGCAGAGCUUAAGGCACAACUGUACCUGCUAGAGAAAGAGAAGAAAGCACUGGAGUUGAAACUCAGCACUCGAGAGGCCCAAGAACAGGCCUACCUAGUUCACAUUGAGCACCUAAAGUCUGAAGUAGAAGAGCAAAAAGAACAGAAAAUGAGAUCCCUCAGCUCCACCAGUAGUGGCAGCAAAGACAAAUUGGGCAAGGAAUGCACAGAUGGGACCACAACACCAUUAACCCUCGCUGAGCUGAGACCAUACAACGACAGUGAACUGGCUGCAGAACUAACAAAUGCACUCAGACGAGAGAAGAAACUGAAAGGGAGAGUGCAAGAGUUAGUGAGUGCCUUAGAGAGACUCACGAAGAGCAGUGAAAUCAGACAUCAGCAGUCUGCAGAGUUUGUUAAUGACCUGAAAAGGGCAAACAGUAACCUUGUGGCAGCUUAUGAAAAAGCAAAGAAGAAGCAUCAAAACAAACUGAAGAAACUGGAGUCACAAAUGAUGGCCAUGGUUGAGAGGCAUGAGACUCAAGUGAGGAUGCUCAAACAAAGAAUAGCAUUGCUGGAGGAGGAGAACUCAAGACCUCACACCAAUGAAACUUCGCUUUAA